AUGUCUGGAGUCGACGACGACGAUAACGUCGAAGAGUCAAGACUGCCACUCCUCGCCGCCGCUCACGCCAACGCCAUGGCUUCUCAGGAUCCCAAAGACCAGAUCAUCAGCCAGUAUGGCACGGUCGACGCCGAGCGCGGCGUUGCCUCUAGCACCUUCGGCGGCGACCAUGAUGGUGAUCUCGUGACCGCCGAGGAGAACCGCGACCUCAAGCGCGGUCUGCAGCAGCGCCACUUGUCCAUGCUCGGUAUUGCAGGUGCCAUCGGAACGGGUCUUUUCCUCGGUCUCGGCAGCGCCGUGGCAACGGCUGGUCCUCUCGGCGCACUGCUUGGCUAUGCCACGGUUGGUCUUGUCGUGUGCGCCGUGCAAUUUGCUCUCGGAGAAGUCGCCGCUCUUCUCCCCGUUACUGGUUCCUUCGUCCGACAUGCCGAGUUCCUGGUCGACCCGGCUCUCGGUUUCGCCAUUGGUUGGAACCUGGUGUACGGCAACGUCCUGUCUAUUCCUGCCGAAAUCACUGCUAUUGUCGUCUUGUUCGAGUACUGGUGGCCGGACAUCAACCCCGCAGUGUGGAUCGUCAUCUUCAUGGUCCUCACAGCUGCCGUCGGAUUCUCCGUCAUUAGAAUCUUUGGUGAAAUCGAGUUCACGUUUGCGAUUAUCAAGAUCUUGUUGGUGAUCUUCCUCAUCAUUCUUGGUCUCGUCAUCAACCUCGGAGGUGUCCCGGGCACGGAGAGGAUAGGGUUCAGAUAUUGGCAGGACCCAGGCCCUUUUGUGGAGUUGCUGCCAAUUGCAAGCGGCGACUGGGGCAAGUUCCUGGGCUUCUGGAGUGUCAUGACUGGCGCAGUGUUCUCUUUUGCUGGCGUGGAAUCGUUGGCCAUGGCUGCCGCCGAGGCCAAGAACCCGAAGCGGGCGAUUCCAAAGGCUUGCAAGCGCGUUUUUGCCCGUAUCGUGAUCUUCUACAUCUUGGCAGUGCUGAUUGUCGGCAUGCUGGUUGCCAGCAACGACGAGCGGUUGGGCGACGAGUCUGGAACUGCUGCCCAGAGUCCGUUUGUCAUUGCUGCCUCGGCUGCUGGUAUCAAGGCUAUCCCAUCGAUUGUCAAUGCCGUGGUGAUUACCUCUGCCUGGUCUGCUCAGAACCAGAGUCUUCUCACUGGAACUCGUGUGCUUUACGGUCUCGCGCUCAAGGGCCAAGCUCCCAAGAUCUUCCUGCGCACUACGUCCUGGGGAGUGCCAUACAUGUGCGUCGGUCUGUUCGUCUGCUUCAUGCCCCUCAGUUUCAUGAGCAUGAGCAACGGCGCCUACACUGUGUUCUGGUGGCUCGUCGAUUUGACAGCCGCUGGUGUGCUUAUUAGCUGGUCGACCAUUCUGUUGAACCAUUUGAGACUGAAGAUGGCACUCAGCAAGCAGGGCAUUAGUGCCGACAGGUUGCCCUGGAACAACUCGUGGACUUUCUACAGUUCUGCUGUCGCCUUGUUCAUGUGCAUCCUUAUCUUGUUUACUGCUGGUUUCACUGUUUUCUGUGAUGGACAAUGGGAUUCCGCUACCUUUGUGUCGUCUUAUCUUGAUAUUCCUCUGGUGCUGUUCGCAUAUCUCAUCUGGAAGUUUAUCAAGAAAACCAAGAUCGUGCCGCUCAAAAGCAUUCCACUCGACGAUGCGAUCGAACAGGCGGACCAGUAUCCCGAUGAGCCUGAAGAGAAGAUCACUGGCCCAAUACGUUUUGUUAGCUGGAUUUGGGACUAG